AUCCGCAGGCUCCGCCCCCUCCGCUCGCUCCCGUGACUGUCAACUCGCCGCGCCGCUGCGUUCAGCGAGACUUUACUCAAUCAAGGGAUUUAACAUCACUUUCGGACUACAAAAACUUACUUAAACAACGGCGCGAACGUUAUUAAAGCGAGAUGAACUUUUACUAGGGGCGAUCGUCGUUGUAAAAAGUAAGAUUUUGGUCACAUUAAGUGUUUGAUGGCUGCUGGGGAUGGAGCCCAGCUGCCGGCGACCGUAGCGGCCAGCAGGAGCGUGGAGAAGGCGCUGGAGGAGGCUGCGUCCAGCGGAGCGCUCAUCCUUUCCAACCGUAAACUCAAGGAGUUUCCACGCACCUCCAAAAACUAUGAUUUGUCCGACAUUACACACGCAGACCUGUCGAAGAACCGGCUCUGUGAGGUGCCAGAAGAGGUGUGCCAGUUUGUCUCUUUGGAGACUCUCAGCUUGUAUCACAAUUGUGUGCGAUCCCUUACACCUAGCCUGUGCCAGCUGCAAGCUGUCACCUACCUCAACCUCAGUCGUAACCUGCUGUCCAGUCUACCGCCAUCAGUAUGUCAGCUCCCUCUGCUGCGAGUGCUCGUCGUCAGCAAUAACAAGUUAUCAGUUCUGCCAGCCACGAUACGCUCACUCACACACCUACGACAACUGGAUGUGAGCUGUAAUGAACUGCAGUCUCUGCCGGCUGAACUCGGCCAGCUAGAAUGUUUAAGGGAUUUAAAUCUGAGAAGAAACCAACUUACAACUCUGCCUGAAGAGUUGUCAGAGUUGCCACUUGUUCGUUUGGAUGUGUCAUGCAACCGCAUAUCACACGUGCCUGUAUGUUACCGCCAUCUACGCCACCUCCAAACCAUCAACCUUGAAAACAACCCCCUCCAGAUGCCCCCAGCCCAAAUCUGCUCAAAAGGAAAGUUCCACAUCUUUAAAUAUCUGAACAUGGAGGCCUGCAAAAGGACUCAGGACCAGUAUGAAAAAGCUCUUCGGCCCACCGCCUUCAACAGCUGUCUUUUGGAUCAGGACCUAUAUCCGGGUCAGUAUGGCGGCCUGGACUCUGGAUUUAACAGCGUGGACAGCGGAAGCAAAAGAUGGUCAGGAAAUGAGUCGGCCGAUGAUUUCUCGGAACGGUCAUUGCGUUUGGCAGAGAUUUCCCGUGAACAUGCACAUUUUCAGGAGGAAGAGGAGAAAGAUGCGUUAUUAGAUACACCCAAAGUGAAUGGAGAUCUGGAGGUUCGAGUGGAUUUCUUAUUUAAAAGCCUAACAGGGGAAGAAGAUGAGCGUUCUCAGGAAAAGAGUGAAAGUGACGGUAGCACUUCCUCCCAGAGCCCUGAAUCUACAGACAGCAGGAUAUUUGUGUUGGGAGAUGGUCCAGAGACUGGUUCUCCACCCAGCCCCACUCUGGAGGAGAAGAGAAGACCUGGAAACCUGCUCAUCUGGCAGGAGAGAGAGCGAGCACAGCAGCAGAGAAAUAAGGCCUCCACUUUGCAGAAGACGACUGUAAAAACAGGAAGUAACUCUGCGACGUCGACGACCAAGCAUGGAGGAACAGGAAGUUCAGGUGGUGACGGCUCAGAUAGCAGCUCUCCACCCAAUGGACUGAAACAGAGAUGUGCUAGUGUAGAUCAGAUGUCUCCCACCUCUAACGCAGUGUCUUUACAGCGCUCUGUUAGUCGCACAGACGCAUCAUCUGUGAAGCCCUGUUCACCUACGGGUUCUGCUCCCAAACCCAACAGCUUCUUAUUCCGCACAUCUUCACGUUGCAACGUCAAGACAGGAUUAGGAAACAGUUUGGCUGAAUCUGGCCGUAGUGAAUCUCGCUCCACGCUCAAAUCCCCACGAGAAGAGAGAACAGACGUUCUGCAGCUACGCAAGUCUCUGGAGUCGCGCCUGAAGAUCACCCUGCCUGAAGAUCUAGGAGAGGCGUUGUCCAACGGCACGGUUCUCUGCCAGCUGGCCAAUCACGUGCGACCUCGCUCCGUGUCAAUCAUCCACAUCCCUUCACCGGCAGUGCCAAAACUGAGUGCUGCCAAGUGUCGCCUUAAUGUCGAAAACUUCAUUGCUGCGUGUCGUAGACUGGGAGUUCCUGAGAUGGAGUUGUGUUUAGCGUCUGAUAUCCUGUGCAGUAAGCUGCCCGCUGUACACCGCUGUGUAAAGGCGCUCCUGGCAAAAACAGGAGGAGAUGAGGAGGUGGAAGAGGACAAGAACAGCACCUCUGCGUCUCCUUCCUCCCCCUUCUCCACUGGCUUCCUGCUCUUCUAUUCUAUACUCAUGGCUUUGCUCUAUUUGUUAUACUGCAGCAUUAUAGCAUAGUUAUGUGUGGAUGAGUAUUAAGCUCUAUAUGGGUAUUAAAGUCCAUCAUCUAUGUACUGUGUACGCUGUUACGCACAUAGCCGAUGAGACUUUUAACCAAAAUCCUCUCUUAGUGGCCGCUAGACACAAAUAAUCUUCGCAUGCACUUCACAUUUAACCUAUAAAACGAUGAAAGAACCCAGCCAUGCACACAACUAUCCUAUAAGAGCCAUAUGCGGCAUAUAAGAGCAAGCUCAUUACCCAUAAUGCUGUUCAGGUUACAUGUUAACACUUAUGAUGUCAGUUCGGGAAACACAUUGUUCUAGAUAUGGUUAUAUUACUGAAAUAUCUAUGUGUAUGAUGACUGCUGCUGUGCGAUAUUGCGAGUCCCCCCGCACACCUGAAUUUGCUUAUAAACAGCUUGCCGGUGGUCUUCAGACUUUUAACUGGACACAUGCAUGGUUUCCACGUUAUGAAGGGCUUUUCCACAUGAUUGCCUUAGCAUCGCUGUUAAUAAUGGGAUAGAUUUGUAUGCCUUUUAGCAGGACUGGUGUAUUUUUAUCUUUAGAGUUUUAAGCACUGGCACAAACUCCCCACGUUUUUCCCUUGAGAAUCUAGGGCUCUGAAUAGUCAAAGUGCCUCCGCAGGACAAAAAGCUAAUAGGUUCACUCCAGUCUCCAGCCUUUCCAUACACCCACAGCAGCUUACGGCAUCCAGGAAACAUGUUAACAGUGUGGUGAUGGUACUUGUAAACUGUAUUUUGUUUAAUUCGCACAUCUAACGGAUGAGGGUCAGGGGUUGAGAGCGCUGUUUAGCAUCUUUGUCUCGUCGACUGUGAUCACCAGAUGGCAGUGCUGUUACAAAACCGCCCCACCACUUUUGUACGGUACUAAUAUGAUUCAAAGCUGUGUUACGUUUUUUGUUAAAUGUUUGUUUUGAUUUUCUUAAGAGCAACUUAAUAUAAUUCUUGUAUACAAACUGUUCCAUAUAAUUUAUUGUUUUAUUUAUGUUUGCUUCUUUUGUUCUGCCAAGUCUGCAUUGGGGAAACAUGGUCUUUGUUGAGCACAUUUUGGCCAGAGUAAUUGGCUUACACAAUGCAAAAAAGCUUGCAUGGUCAGAGAUGAAUCAGACCACUAUAACUGAACGCUGGCCAACAAGGACAAUUGCAUUUAAAUAUUCACAUUCGCUACAGCUAUUGUAGUUACAAAAGGGAUAAACAGACAUUACCAAAUUACAAAUAUGCAAUUAAAAAAAAUACAAAUGUAUUGAAGAUGAAACGCCUCUUUUAGCUGUCGUUUCGUGACACUAAAUGUGACCAUAGUGUUUUUGUACUUGUGUAAUGUGCCAUAUGCACCAGCUUCCCCGUUGCUAGAUGUUGAUGUUGCUUUUGUGUCCUGUGCCUACUUAAUGUGAUUUAGGAGCUUUGCAGACAGUUUACUAACAAGCAACCUCUCAUCUGGAGAGAACGAUAAGAGGAGAGGGAAAGAGAGAGAGAGAGAGGAAAAAAAGGAUAGGGAAUAUGAUUUAACUGGUUGUGUUACCACACAGUUCUGUACGCUAGGAUGUCUUAAACAUGUUUUAAGGGGGUUUGUUGUAAGUUAAGAUGUUUAUUGUUUAUCAGUGCUAAAGCUAAUCAUAAUUGCAUUUUUAAAGACCACUUUAUAAAAUAAUACAAUACAGGUGACAGACUUCACGUCAAGGAUUGCUCAGUCACCUCACAAUGGCUUGAAGGACACUGUGUGCCAUUAGUGGUCUCAUGCAUAUGAAAUAAGGAUGCUUUGCUGAUACAAUACAGUACAUGUGCAUCAAAAAGCUUUUACAGGACUGAUUCUACCCUCUUUCUGAUAAAUACACUACAUGAGACUGAGAGUUUAGUGGGCAGAAUAGCUUCAUGAAUGUUUCCGUCCACGUGUUACUUAGUGUAACCUAAUGGAAGACACAAAUGUAUUUUGUAAUAUUUAUAAAAUACUGUGUAUUUAAGAAGUUUAUAUUGAUAUAAAGAUUUUGUUUGACUGUAAAGAAAUUAUUAAAAAAACAAACCCUGUUA